AUGGAGUGGGCAGUGAUUGACAGUGGUCGGUUUCUGAAGUGGCGAUCUAAUUUUGCAGUGGUUGAUGGUGGUUGGUUUUUGAAGUGGCAAUUUGAUUUUGUAGUGGUUGAUGGUGGGUUUAUGUGUAGUCGCCAUUGCUGUAAUGACGAGGAUCUGAAAUGGUGGGCUCAGAUAUGUCAGAGCACAAUUGAGACUUGCAACCUAGAAAUAUGGUGGGCCAUUGAAUUCAAGCUUGUUGGGUAUAUCAAUCCAUUUCAGCUGGACAACACUUUCAUCGGAAGUCUACAUGUGGAAAAUACUACAAAUAAUGAUAAUGAAGUCAGAACAAAAUUUGAAGUUCCUGUAGGAGAUUCUGAUAGUGAAAGGAUAGAUAACUAUGCCAGCAAGUGUCUGGACAUGAACAAGAAGCCAGAAUCUCCUGUAAUUCCUGACGACUUCCUUUGCCUCAUAUCACUUGAACUUAUGAGGGAUCCGGUUUUGUGGCCGCAGGCCAGACUCGUAAAUGCCGGUGGCUUUAGUCGACUUACAUCAGAAUGGAAGCUCACAAGGGAAGAAAGACGCUGCAACUGCAUUAUUCAACUUGUGCAUUUAUCAGGGGGUUGGCAUUAUUACUGCCCUAUUAAAGAUGCUACUGAUUCAGGCAACAGUACGGUCGAUGAAGCUCUGACCAUCCUUUCGGUUCUUGCUAGCCACCAUGAAGCGAAGGCUGCUUUCAUGAAAGCUAGCACAAUACCCAUCUUGAUAGAUCUAUUGCAAACGGGUCUGCCUCGGAACAAGGAGAAUGCAACUUCCAUUUUACUUUCCUUGUUUAAAAGAGAUGGUGAAAAUCUUGCUUGUCUAAGUCUGCUCGGUGCAGUAAUACCUCUUUCGGGGAUUGCCAAAAAGGGCAUAGAAAGGGCCAAGAGGAAGGCGACUUCAUUGUUGGAGCAUCUUCGGAAGUUGCAACAUGUCUGA